AUGUCUCCACCAGAUAACAACACAUCGGCUGAUGAAUUAUUUGAAAUAUUUAUAAAUGCUCAAACAGCUAAAAGUAUUUUACAUUCAUUUGAAGAAUUGUGUAAAUGUUUAAAUAUAAAACGAACAGAAUAUGGUAAAAGAAUAUUAUAUAAAGCAUUAUGUUCAAAAUUAACAAGUUGGAAAGCAAAAAGUUUAUGGGCAAAAAUUGAUAAACGUGCCAAUCAAAAAGAAUAUGAAAAUGGACGAUCAUGUUCAGAACUAAAAGUUUGUAUUAUCGGUGCUGGUCCAUGUGGAUUACGUUUAGCAAUUGAAUGUGCACUAUUAGGUGCACGAUGUAUAGUUGUUGAAAAACGAGACAGAUUUUCUCGACAUAAUGUUCUUCAUCUAUGGCGAUAUGUAAUUACAGAUUUGAAGAAUUUAGGUGCUAAAUUUUUUUAUGGUAAAUUUGCUUUUGGCAGUAUCGAACAUAUAAGUAUAAGACAACUACAAUGUAUUUUGCUUAAAAUUGCCCUAUUACUUGGUGUAGAAAUUUGUUAUAAUGUUACCUUUGAAGAUUUUAUCGAUGCUACACCGACAUCAGGUUGGCGAGGAUUGUUUCUACCAUCAACACAUUGGAUAAAUACAUAUGAAUUUAAUGCAUUGAUUGGAGCUGAUGGUAGAAGAAAUUCAUUACAAGGUUUUCAUCGCAAAGAAUUUCGUGGUAAAUUGGCAAUUGGUGUAACGGCAAAUUUUGUUCAUCAUCAUACACGAGAAGAACAACUCAUUGAAGAAAUUUCUGGUGUGGCACGUUUAUAUAAUCCACAAUUUUUUCAAGAAUUAAAACAACAGACAUCAAUUGAUUUAGAAAAUAUAGCCUAUUAUAAGAAUGAUACACAUUAUUUUGUUAUGACAGCAAAAAAACAAAGUCUAUUAGAGAAAGAUGUGAUAAAAAACGAUUAUCCAGAUGCCAUUCGUUUAUUAGCACGUGAAAAUGUUAAUUUCGAAGCACUCUGUAAUUUUGCAUGUGAAGCAGCACAAUUUGCGACAAAAACAACAGCAUCAAUAUUUGAAUUUGCGGAGAAUCACUACGGAUUACCCGAUGUACAAAUGUUUGAUUUUACAUCAUUGUUUCAUGCAGUAAAUGCUAGUCGGAUUGUCGAAAGAAACGGAAAACGUUUAUUUAUGGCAUUAGUUGGAGAUUCUUUGCUUGAGCCUUUCUGGCCAUUAGGUACAGGAAUUGGUCAUGGUUUUCUAGCCACAUUGGAUACAGCAUGGGUAUUACAAAAAUUUGCCAAAAAUGAAUCACCAUUGAAAAUAUUAGCCGAACGUGAAAGUAUCUAUCUAUUGUUAUCACAGAGUACACCUGAAAAUACAAAAUCGAAUUAUCAAUUAUAUACAAUAAAUCCAGCAUCAAGAUAUCAACAUUUAAAUUCAAAACGUUGUACAAUAGAAGAAAUUCGUCAUUUAUAUGAUAAUAAUAAUAAUGUUGAAUAUUCAAUUGUUGAUAAUAAUAAUAAUUUGGUAACAAAUCAUGUACAACAGCACCAAAGUGAUAAACAUUCAAAAACCGGUGGUAUUUCAAAUGAAAAAAUAUUGAAUUGGUGUCAAAUGAUAACAGAACCAUAUGGGUUACAAAUAAAAAACGAUACUCAAGCAUUUAACAAUGGACUUGCCUUUUGUGCAAUAAUUCAUCGUUUUCGUCCAGAAUUAAUUGAUUAUAAAUCAUUGCAACCCGAACGUUCGAUAAGCAACUUUCAAAUCUUGUUUGAUAUUUUACGUGAAAAACUUCAUAUUCAAAUUGAACGUCAAAUUCAAAAUCAAUUGUUAUUAUUACCAAAAAAUAGCUCUUCUGAUAACAGUAUAAAUGAUUCAAUAAUGGUUUUACUUACACAUUUAUAUACUCAUUUUCAUCUCACAACGUUGCCCCCUUCCUCCACACCGCCUGAACCAAUAAAAUAUAAUUUAUCCAUUCGUCGUUCAAGCACACCUUUAACACCAUCAACAAAUGAAGUUGUUUUAAAACGUUCGGAGUCUGUUACUGAUAAUGAAGGCAGUGCUGAAAAACGUAGAUCAAUGAAAGAAAGUGAACUAAAUACGAUGACAAAAAAAAAAGUUGAUGAUAAUAAUAGUGUCAAAGUUAGCGAACUUAUUGCUCAUUAUACAAUGACGUCACCUAUUGGAGUAAAAUGUAAUGUCAAUAAUAAUGCAUAUCAUUCGAAUGGUAGUGUAACAGCACAACCAACAUUUUGUUUUUAUUGUAAAGAUAGAGUCCCAAUUCAAGAAUGGUUUCCAAUUGAAAAUGUUGUACUUCAUGUUCGUUGUUUUCGUUGUGAAACAUGUCAAUUGCAAUUACGAAAAACAAAUUAUCAAUGUAUUACUGAUCCUAUUAGUGGAAAACUUUCAUUUCACUGUCGAUAUCAUAAUCUUAAUGACAAAUUAAACAGAGCGAAAGAUAAUCAUGUAGUACGUAUACUAAUGUUUUUUUAUCUUUGA